AUGAAGAUGCUUCUUACUUUACAUUUUGGGUUUCUCUUGACCAAAUCAACGACCUUACUGAUACCACCAGGUCCGCCUCAAGGAGUCAAAGUGCCUGCAACUGUUGAAGUCCAGAAUUUGUUUGAUUUGAACAAGCCCGCCGCUGGUGAACACCAUUUUUUUGAUUUGAACGAUCCUGCUGUGAGUGAACACGAAUUCCUCGAUCUGAACGAGUCCACCAGGGAUGAACCUUCACUGGCGACUAUUUCAGCGGCUACCUGCGCCGUAAACCAUCAUCCAGUUCGCGUCAUGAAUCCACAAUACAGCGAAGAAGAACCAGCACCCUGGCUUUCUCCUCAGGAGCGCUUUGCCACUGUGAUAAAUACUCAACCUACCGAUCCAAAGCACACAGGGAAUAACUUACUAUGGAACAAAGUCCAGAACCAAUCAUCAAUCCACCAAGGGCUCCCUACAUCCCAGCCAACGUCGCACGAUUUCGGAUCAAGUACCACAUGUCAGAAUGAUCUCAACGAUGCAAGAAAACCGCAAAAAGACAAGCAAAAAAUAGAUGAUUCAAGUUGUAUGGCGCGAUAUGAAAUCCCCAUGAGCCAAGAAAGAGAAAAUAGAACACCACCCAAGUCACUCAAUGUCAUUGUUGACAAUUGGGAGUACGUAAAGGCCUCAUCACCUCCUAAAUAUGGGCUUGGUAAAAACAUCCAUCAAAGAAAAGCCUUAACAGGGUUCCACCAAAGCAAAUUGCUUUUAAGCCUGCUAAACGAUUUGAACCAAUUGACGCAUGCGAAAUUGGACGGUUUCAAGUUCUGCAUAACAAGGGAAAACGCACCCGAUAUCCUUCACGUUUAUCUCGGUUGGAAAUUACCUUACCCCGGAGGUAUUUCCAGAGGAACAAGAAGGGGAGCACUUUGGAAGAUUGCGUUGAGUGUGUCCAAUGAGAUCCUAGGAAUGGGUACCCGCCAUACCUUCACGCAUGAAAUCAUAGGGCCAUUAAGACAGAAGCUUACAAAAUACGUAAUAAACUCCAUCACAGACGACCAUCCCGAAAUCAAUCUAACACAGGCACAGCUUGGAUCGGCCCUUCAAUAUGUGACAAACAUAACCAAAGUGGUGCCAUUCCUGAUCAUCACUCAUCAUACAUUAUUCAAUGAGCAUAAAUCUCAAAGACUAGAUGAUAACUUGGUUGAAAAUAUCCUAGCUUUUGUCAAGAGGUUCUGGGAAGACACUCAGAACGCAACAUCUGAAUUGAGGCAAAAUCAUUCUUGGUCGCGGAUCAACGCAGUUAUAUUGAAAUCUGAGGAUAUCACCAGAAGCCACAGAGAAUAUAGAUCAAGCAUGUCUGGAAUCACUUGGUAUAACAUGGCCUGGAAGAUUGCCUUCUUAUGGUUGAAAGAAAAUAAUCAAAAUCUUGAAGCAGGUUCAGAGCAAGAAACAUAUGACUCCAUUGUAAUGGAAUUAAUCAAUAGAAUCAUUUUUUAUGCAAAUUAUAGGGAUCCUCAGUCCUUCAUGCAGGAUUGGGGUGGCUCAUACACUUUGGAAAUUGAAAAAAGCUGA